GUGGGGGGUUCUUCUCCAGCGCAUCAGGACGGCACAAAUCCGAGCAGCCCUCAGUCGCACAUAGACUCGACUGGAAACAAGGACUUCAAUUGUCUUAUCGCAUCUUCUUUUUUAGGGGAAUAUUCUAGACUUUUAUUAUCCAGCCUUAUUGUUGAAAGUGUUGAUUUGUAGUAAAUUUUGCUUUGCAGUUUUUGAACACUUUCUGAAUUUGAAUUCCUGAGAAGUCAGAAUGCUGGAUCCACUGGCAGAGUUGAGAAGAACCGGAGGAUUUAGGCAAUGUGGUGGCCGGUUGUCCUGGCAGAUACGUUGGGUCUUGUACAGCGUGUGCGUACUGGCGGUAAUAAACUGUGCCGGCCUGGUGCUGCUCCUGGUUCAGCAGAGAGAGCUGUGGGCUCAUCUGACUGAGCUGGAGAGGCAGAUGGUGGAGAUAUCUCAGAGCUCUGUGGUGGAGUUCAUGACACAGGUGAACGAAGAUGAGGCAGAGUAUCAAUACUCCAGAAACAAACGCAGACGGCAGCAUCGAGGGACACGACCCUUAGAGGAGCAUGAGGGGAGUGUGGGAGAGGAAGUCUUGGGAGAUUUCCAGUAUCAUUAUCAGCAGACGCAUGGGCCGGUUUACCAGCACAAAACAGAAGAGCAGGAUGGAAUGAUGAUGAUGAUGACUUACUCCAUGGUGCCAGUAAAGAUUCUGCUGGACAUUUGCAACAGUACUAAAGGAGUCUGUCUGACUGGGCCUCCAGGACCACCAGGAAUUCCAGGCUUGCCGGGUGAGGACGGAAUGCCGGGGUAUAAUGGAACAGAUGGAAUUCCAGGGUUGCCAGGAGAGCCUGGAGCACAUGGAAAACGAGGAAAACGAGGUCCUCCUGGUGAGAAGGGUGAGUCUGGUGAGAAAGGAGAGCAAGGAUAUCCUGGACCCCCAGGACCUCCUGGAGAACAGGGCGAACCUUCAAAUGAUGUGAUUGUAGAGGGUCCACCUGGUCCAAUGGGUCCAUCUGGUCCAAUGGGACCCCCUGGCCUCCCAGGUCCUCCAGGUCCCCCCGGGCCUCAAGGGCCACCAAGACACAGGAGCCACAGAGCACAUCUUCACAUGGGGAAGGAAUCUGUGGGUCACCUUAAUUCAGUCCCAAAUGAUGAUACCAUCAGCCAGAAAAUGGCAUCAUGGAAGAUAAACGACUGUGUUAUAAAGUCAGUGCAGAACCCUAGACAUCUGAUGAAAAUGAGCAGCACGUUUGGUGCGUGGAUGAUGGACACUGCCGCUCACGACGAUGAGAAGAUUUGGGUAGCAGAACAUUUCUCAGGUCGUAUCAUAAAGCAGUACAACAGUAUCGCAGCGUUCCAGAACAGCAGCAGUGAAUCCAUUGAUGUCCGGAAGUUUUUCCAAGGUUGUGGCCACGCUGUACAUAACGGCUCCAUAUUCUACCACAUCGCUGGAACGUUCAAUAUUGCCAAGUUUGACCUCCAGACCAAGAUCUUACACAUGCUGAGUAUUGACAACGCCCUCUAUCACAAUCUGUCCUACCUCCUUCAAAACUCAAAGACGUAUUUCAAAUUGGCAGUUGACGAGAAUGGUAUGUGGAUCAUAUUUGCCUCCAACAUUGACGACAGCAUCAUGGUGGCGCGACUGGAUGAGAAAACGUUCUCCGUCACCACCUACAUCAACACCACAUAUCCCAGGACCAAGGCCGGUAAUGCGUUUAUCGCCUGCGGGAUCCUCUACGUUACGGAUACCAAAGACACAAAGGUGACGUAUGCCUUUGACCUGCUGAAAGAGAAACCUGUUGGAGUCAGUUUAGAUCUGAGGGCACCUGGAGGGCUUCUGUCCAUGAUCUCAUACAAUCCCAGAGACAAACAUCUCUACAUAUGGGACAGCAGCUACGUCAAAUCAUACCAAGUUCAGUUCCUCUCAGAUGAGUAAUCAGAACUGAGGGUGUGUUCGCACUUUGCAGAUUUGGUUCGAUUAAAACGAACUCAAAUGGUGCAAUUGUUCUGUUAGUGUGGUUCAUUUUAAUAAGUGUGAACGCUGCCAUCCGAACCCUAUUGCACACCAAACAAGCAGACCGUGACUCCUGAAAAAGUGGGUUUCAAUCUGCUUCCAAACGAACUCUGGUUCGACUGAAAUAUGAACGCAACACUCACCAAAGACAUCUAAACAAACCUCAAAAAAAAAAAAAGGACAGAAUGCUCAAGGAUAUCUGGUUUUUCUCAGCAUAGUUGUCCCAUUACAGUUUGGUAGAACCGCCAGCUCCUUGGAACAGAUCUUGUUUGUGUCUAACGGAGGAAUUUCUGGUGCUGUUUUUACUCUUUUACAUGUUUCAUAAGUAGUUCUCAGCUGGUAAAAUACCAUCAUAUUUACGCAUAUACUGCACAACAAACACAUUUAGCCCAUCACACAGUUUUGGUUGUUCGGUAAGUUCAUUCAGAAAAUAUACAUCAUAAAGGAACCAAGAGAACUAAACUACAAGUGUGAACACACCCAUAAUUGGAAUACUUUGUGUUUUGUUUUGUCAUGUUCAUGUAUAUUUAUAAGCAAAUAAUAACUAAUGCUUCAGUUGUUACCCAUACCAUUCUAGUGAUACCUGUAAGAUGUUCAUGUAAAGUAUAUGGACACUUAAGCCAUGCUUAAAUCUCAAUAUCACUGCAUUAGACAUCAAACCUGCAAACAAUCUUGUAAAGUGAGCUUGCUUCUCUUUCUUUAAAAUAAAUGCCACUUGGUUUGAUAACUGUUACCUAAUGUAAUGAUAUUCAGGCAUUUUUUACCAUGACUUGAGUAUUCAAAAACAUUUUGGGGCUACUAUAUUUAUGCAAUAUUUGGUAUAAUGUUUCACUUUUAAAUGUUGGAUUUUCCUUCUUUUUGGCUAAUAUGCAUUUUAAAUUGAAUGGUUACAAAAAGAAAUUCAUUCUCUUGUUACAAGAAUGAAGCCAAAUGUGUGUAUAAUAAAUGGAAUUUCUAUGUGCGUCCUA